CUUCUGUCCUAACAUCCCUCCAAUAAACAACUUGGCCCGCUGCGCUCAGCUGGAAACACUCGACAAAAGUACACAGCAAAACCAAACAAGGUGGACAAUCAGGGGAAAGGAGCUUUGGGAAAAGAGAACUGACGUCAUGCCUCUGAACGCUGGAGACCCCAGCUACGGCCCGGUGUCCGGUGCCACCGGACUGUCCAGCGGCGAGGAGGCCACGGAGACGACCCCCCUGCUGCCCUCGGAGCCCGUGUUGUACACAUGGCGGCCCAUGAACCAGCAGGAGCUGCUGGCCGCGGCGGCCGGUCCCGGGUGGAGGAGAGUCCGCUGCACCCUGGUGGUGCUGUUUUGGCUCGCCUGGGUGGCCGUGCUGACCGUCGCGGUCGGCAUAAUCGUGAUGAGUCCGCGGCCGGUUCCGACAUGUCUGAAAUGGUGGCAGAAGUGCCUGUUUUACCGUUUGCGGCCAGAACCGGACGUGGACACGCCGGCCGGAAGGUCAGAGGUCAUGAACGCGGCGUGCGAACGCCUCCCCUACCUCAGGUCUGCGGGGAUCGGAGCUGUAAUCCUGGAGGGGGUGUUGGAUAAAACAUCAUCUUCAGGAAACGUCACAGACUACAGUGAGAACCUGGAGGUCCUGGCUCAGAUCCAGCAUCUGCUCACAGAGAGCAAGAAAGCACGUCUCAGAGUGUUGUUGGACUUGUGUAAAGUGAAUCUGUUGGAGCUUCAGGAAGAGACGGGAAGCGCAGACGACCUAUCAAACCAUACAGAAACGCGUGCAUUAAGGUUCUGGUUGGAACAAGGCGUAGCAGGUUUUGUAAUCUGUGAUACAGAUGCAGCCUUUUCAGUUYAGACUCUGAUGGAGUGGAGAGGUGUUCUUGAGGAAUUCAGCUCUCAGGAUAAUGAAAGGAUUUUGGUGGUAAAACAGAACACAGACGUUCUGCGUCCGCUAAACAUCUCGACUUACGGCAACGUCACGCUCGUGAACAUGGUCAUGAGGUCCAUCUUGCCAAAAUCUCCUCACGUCCUGUCUGCUGCAGAGGUGGCUGAGGUUUUAGAGACACGGCUGCAACCAAAACAGGAAGACGUCUGGCCAAGCUGGAAUAUUGGAGGUGACGCGUCUCAGGAUCUGAAGCAGUUACUCGUGGUGUUGAUGAUGACUCUUCCAGGAUCACCUGCUUUCCAGGAUGAAAAGAACAACCAAACACAGCAGAUGACAGAAAGUUCGUCUCUUUUCACCACACUCCGCCACUCAAAAGUCAGAGAAGAGGCUCUCCUGUACGGCACCUUCACCUUCCUCUCCUUCAACACCUCCGACUCUUCCCCUCCUCCCAUCCUGGCCUUCCUGCGCUCCUGGGGCUGCGUUCAUUUCCUCGUUCUGCUCAACGUCGGACCCGAGCCUCGCACUCUGGACCCCGCCUGGGCUCCAAGRCUGCCUGAAAGGGGAGUGUUUGUCGCCAGCACCGGGAUGAACCACUUAGGCGUGACGUCUCUGUACUCGAUCARGCUGCAGCCCCACGAAGCCAUCGUCAUCAAACUGUUUAAGGCAGGAAGCUACUCGUAAUCAGCUGCCUGCUCACAUUGAACACAUUUUAAAAGAGCUGAAAAUAAAAAUGAAUCUGUGGCAUCYUUUCCUGGCUGGUUCAUAUUAACCCUUUAAAUCCAAACUGUUUUAAAAUAAAUUUGUUUAUGGAAUAAAUGUAAYUAAGA